GCCAGUAGGGCCCAUAAAGGCAGCUGUGGAACUUGUACAAAAGUCAGCACCUCUCAUCAGCCAGUGUCACAAUUCCCUGGGUUCAGGACGGUGCUGUGUCACCAUGAGUGGCUGUCCAUUCUCAGGACACUUCGGAUAUGCUUUUAAAAAUCUAUCUGUGGAAGACAGUGAAGAAGAUCAAUCGCAAAUUGGUGUGAAUAAAGCCAGCAAAGGAGGACUUCUCUAUGGCAACUACCUGCAUUUGGGAAAAAUUUUGAAUGCACAAGAGCUUCAGAGUGAACUAAAAGGAAAUAAAAUCCAUGAUGAGCACCUUUUUAUCAUAACUCAUCAAGCAUAUGAGCUCUGGUUUAAGCAAAUUCUCUGGGAAUUAGAUUCUGUUCGAGAGAUCUUCCAGAACGGUCAUGUCCGGGACGAGCGGAACAUGCUCAAGGUGGCCACGCGCAUGCAGCGGGUGGUGGUGAUCCUCAAGCUCCUGGUGCAGCAGUUUUCUGUCCUGGAGACCAUGACGCCGCUGGACUUCAACGACUUCAGAGAGUACUUAACUCCAGCCUCAGGCUUCCAGAGUUUACAAUUCCGACUGUUAGAGAACAAAAUAGGCGUUCUUCAGAGCGUGCGAGUGCCCUAUGACAGGCGACACUACCGGGACAACUUCAGCGGGGAGGAGAACGAGCUGCUGCUGAAGUCCGAGCAGGAGAAGACCCUGCUGCAGCUGGUGGAGGCAUGGCUGGAAAGAACACCUGGGUUGGAGCCACAUGGAUUUAACUUCUGGGGAAAGUUUGAAAAAAACGUCAUCCAAGGACUGGAGGAAGAAUUCAUAAAGAUUCAGGCUAAAGCAGAGUCUGAAGAAAAAGAAGAACAGAUGGCUGAGCUUCAGAAACGCAGAGAGGUGCUACUGUCUUUGUUUGACGAGAAACGCCACGAGCAUCUCCUUAGUAAAGGGGAGAGACGACUGUCCUACAGAGCGCUGCAGGGGGCAUUGAUGAUACACUUUUACAGGGAAGAGCCUAGGUUCCAGGUCCCCUUUCAGCUGCUGACCUUCCUGAUGGACAUAGACACGCUCAUAUCCAAGUGGAGGUAUAACCACGUGUGCUUGGUGCACCGGAUGCUGGGCAGCAAGGCGGGCACCGGCGGCUCCUCCGGGUACUACUACCUGCGCUCAACCGUGAGUGACAGGUACAAGGUGUUUGUGGAUUUAUUCAAUCUUUCAACGUAUCUGGUUCCCAGACACUGGAUACCAAAGAUGAACCCAAUCAUUCAUAAAUUCCUUUACACUGCAGAAUACUGUGACAGUUCUUACUUCAGCAGUGAUGAUUCGGACUAAGUUCAUAUGGAAGAAUCUGUAAAGAAUAUUAAUAUCCCAAUGUAUUUUUUAUUUUCUGAAUUUUCCUAAACACAUGUAGAGUAAAUGUGGUAUAUUUGAUAAUGUAAUGUAUUUGUAAUAUACAGUUAAACACUAUGAUCUUCUGAUUUGAUUCUGGAAAUAAUUGUCUCAUGUUUGUGGUGAUAUAAGCAUUAAGAUGAAAAACAAUUUAGUUCAAUGGUAACAUCAUACCGAGGGUAUUUUGCUACUAAAAGCUCAGUUUCCCCUGGUGCUUACCUUAAUGUAUCUACUAAAUAUAACUAUUGUAUUGAUUCAUACUCUAUAGGCUUUUAACCAAUAAAAUGUGUCAUUCUGUGCAGAAAUUUUUGGAGCAAAUGGAAUAAAAUAAUACAUUUAGUUGUUUUUGAAAUGCUGUA